AUGAUUCAUCGUACAGGUUUGUUCCAAAAACACCAUGUGCAUAUAUCACUAAUCAAGCAAUACGGCACCUCUCUCCAUUCCAUCUAAACAGUCCAUGCCUCCAUGCUCAAAUACCACCUCCCCCACAACCUUGACUUUCUUACCACCAACUUCAUUGCCCGAUACGCCUCUUUGGGCUCCAUUUCUUACGCCCGCUCCAUCUUCUCUUCUACCCCAUCCACCGGUCUCUUCCUCUGGAAUGUCAUGACCCGCGGCUUUGUUCAUUAUUCCUAUUACUAUCAUGCCCUUCUUUUGUACCAACAAAUGCUAAAACUGGGCAUUAAACCCGACCAUAUCACCUUCCCUUUUGUUAUCAGGGCCUGCGGCUGUCUUCGGCACUUUGAAUUCGGCCUUCGUGUUCAUCAAGAUGUUGUUAAGUUUGGGUACCAGUCUUAUGUUUUUAUUUCCAAUUCUCUCAUUUCCAUGUAUGGUAAAUGUGAGCAGUAUGAUCUUUUUCGCCACGUGUUUGAUGAAAUGCCUGACAGAAAUGUUGUUUCGUGGAGUGCCGUUAUUGGCGCUUGCUCGGAGAAUGACCGCUGUGAAUAAGGGUUUUCAUUGCUUUGGCAGAUGUUAGGUGAGGGAUAUAGACUCAUCAGUGAUGCUGUUUUGAAUGUGUCUAUUCUAGCAUCUUUCCAGCUCGCACGUGCAGUUCAUGGAAUCAAAACUUGUGGGUUCUUCUACAAUCAAGACUAGUGGUUGAAACUGCCCUGGUUGAUCUUUAUGUGAAAUGUGGAAGCUUAACUUAAGCUAGAAAAGUUUUUUUUCUGGCUUUUUCCGCUUUUAAUUCUUAGCUUCUUUCUCUGAUUUAUUAUGGAAAGAUAGAUUGAUGGACAGGAUUCGCCAAGAAGGGUACACACCAGAUACAAACCUUGUAUUGCAUUUUGUGGAGGAGAGGAGACAAAGGAGAACAUGCUGUCCUUGCACAGGGAGAAGUUGGCCAUUGCGUUUGGUCUCUAAAUUGAGAGUGUAAUUAAUUAGGACAAGGGAAAGUCCUAGUGUACGUGGGGAUUGCCAUACUGCUACUGAGUUCAUCUCUAAGGUUACCGGAAGGGAGAUUGUUGUGAGAGAUGCUCGUAGAUUCCACCAUUUCAAGGGCGGAGCAUGCUCUUAAUUGCGUGGAUUAAUAUUGGCGAAACAUGCCCUAUAAUGUCGAUCAGUGCUGGUGCCCGGUGGUUGAUGAAGAUAUGCAGUAAAGACUGGUCGCUUGGUCACUCACUAUCUUUGUCAAAUUUUCACAGUGCAGUAGACACCGAUGAGAUGCCGUCGGCUGGUAGAUUCUUCGCCUUGGAGUUCAAUGCGCCAAAAAAGGGCGGUAAAGCUGAGAUCCUUCGGGCUUUGCCUCAGGUCAACAUCCAUGACCCAACUCUUGUUCCGGAAUCCAGACGCCACCACCAUUCAUGAUUUUGAUGCCCUGUUGGGAGACAAGCCACCAAACUCCAUAUUUUUCUUUCUUAAGCUAACGACUCCUUCACCGCAUACUGUCCUGGUGGCUGCUAGAAAACUGCUGUGACAACCUUAGCGGCACCAAUAAACCCACCGAGCACAGGGAGGUGAUAAAACGUUUGACUUGUGACUCCUGGAAAACUUCUUGGAUACCAAUCUCUUUUUCCUGCAAUAUAUAAGCAUAUCCUUGCUUAGCCUAUGCAUUACUUAAAUCUGAAUCUCUUCUUGAAUAAUUUUGGAGAUACAUCUCUAUAUUGGUCUGAUAUAAUCAGAAAAUUUUAAUAAUUCUUUUGAAUAUUAAUUCAA